AUGACUCUCAAGGAUGUGGAAUAUGUAAAAACAAAACUACGGUUUGUUUACAUUUUCAAUGAUGGAGCAACAACAAAGAUAAAAAUGGUUGGCCCUGCCCCAGAUAAAAAAAUUUGUACUUCAAACUUCUUCUCUGUUUAUGAUGAGCUCUGUAGAAAGAGAAAGAUGAUGCCACUUCGUAAUGUUAAGGAACAUGCAUGGAGAAAGAGCAUUGAUUUUUAUACUGAUCGAAUAAAGUGUGAUGAAUGGAUUCCUAUUAUAGAGGCAAUUUCCACUGACCGGUCAUUGCAUUAUGUUGCUAUAAGAAGUCGUUAUGAGAAAAAGGGAGAGAUUCUGAGUCACAUCAACAAGGAUGCAGACUAUAUUGAAAAGGUGAUGUUCAUGGACAAAGCUUUCACAUGUAAGGGCAUUUCGAAGUGCUGCUCCCUGCAAAACAUUUCAUUUCAUCGAUGUUGCUUAGGUGAUGCUGGCUGUGAAAUGAUAUGCAACACUAUUAAGAACUCACCUAACAUACGGACAAUAGGAAUGUCUGGAUGCAAUAUAAGUGAAAAAGGAGCAUAUCACCUCUACCUCUUACUAAAGCAUCAGCAGAUGGAAAGGUAUAACGAAUCUUGGGUACAGUCCCUACGCUAUCGAGCAAUUGAUGGUGACAUGCUGGGAGGUGUGAGGCGCAUAACAUUGAAUGACAACAAAGAAUUGGGAGAUGCAGGAAUUGCUCAUUUUAUUGAGAUCCUGAAGGAUGAUUUUUGGCUGAAAGCCAUAGAUCUUCAGAAUUGUGGAAUAACUGACCAUGGUGCAUUUAGCAUACUUCAGAUGUUGGAAAUCAAUAAUGUAUUACUUGUGGUGGACAUAAGAAACAAUCGUUACAUCAGCAGUUACAUUGAAAAUGAGAUAAUGAAAACACUGGCCAGAAACAACAUGCAGAAUUUAGAUGAAUCAAAGGAGUAUUGUUGGAUAUCACUUGCAAAGUCCAUUGAGAAUUCUGCAUCUUCUCAGAGACUAAAAUCUAGUCCUUCGGGGUCUUCUAUAGGAUCAAAGAGCUCGAAAAAAAAUGAAAUUUCAUCCCAAAGAUGUGCAGUAAAAUGCUCUGUUCCAGCAAUAAAAAGGAGUUGUUCAGAUUAUAAUCAACAGAAGAUGGACAAAGAGCAAUAUGAAAUGAAGAGUCAUAACUUGAGGAUACCACAGCUCAGGUUUUGUAGUCUGGUAGUUCAACAUGAUGCACUGUCCCAUUUUGUGUUGGAGGUGCUGGUUGUGUGGGAAGCUGUACUGUCAAAGUACCUGCUGCUGCAAGUGGUAAUGGCUUCUGUUCUGAUUUGCAUCCUUUUGUUUGAUGUUGUUGCUCUUAUUUAG